UCAGGAAGAGUUCUCUCUUACUCUGGAUCUGCCCAUAGGCACCUACCAGUACAAGUUCAUCGUAGAUGAGGAGUGGUGCUACAACCCUGACCAGCCACAGAUUAACGACCGCAGCGGCGCCGUAAACAACAUUGUGGAGGUGGUGGAUGAGGACGACGAGUUCGACUUUGAAG